AUGACAUUUCCAUUGGAACAAUCGCAUUUGUUACACAAUUUGAGGACUUCGUAUUUAUGUCUAGAUGAAGAUUCGGGGUAUUUGGCCAAGAUUAUAACAGAAAAUUAUCAGGCUUUGGAGCAACUUCAAACAGCAGCGCAACUUUUGUCGAGUUCUCCGCCAAUCACUUUUGGAAAUAUCCUGCCAUUUGCUAAUUCCUUAAGUAAUAACCAUGCAAUAAGAGUAAGAACUCUGCAUAGUGGGAAAACCAAGAGUAAACAGCGAAUAGAGAAAAAUAAAAUAGUAGAGCCAGGGUUAAAGACAGUGCCAAAGACAGUGUUAAAGACGGUGCCAAAGACAGUGCCAGAACCAAAGCUAGAGCCAGAGUCAGAGCCAAAGCUAGAGUCAGAGCCAAAGCUAGAGUCAGAGUCAGAGCCAAAGCCAAAGCCAAAGCCAGAGUCAAAGCCAGCGUCUCAAGUUUAUGAUGACACCUUGAAUGAGCUGCUAGUAGAGCCUCAAGAAAACAACACAAACGCUAAUUCAAGCUACUAUCUCGAAUCGAGCGGCGCGGGCGUGGGCGGCGGUGAGGAUUCGUCUCAGCGGAAAAAGAAAAAUGGCAUGAAUUUUGGAUUACGGUACGGCAAGGCUGGUUCGAAUGUUGUCAAUUCAAAAGAUGCAAAAUCUCCCAAGCUAAAGUCGAGAUCUAAACUACCUAUAGUAAAGCUAUUCCGGAGCGCUAGAGAGUCAAUUUCAGACUCGGAUAGUAGUAGCCGCGAUUUUGACAAUCCUAUAGGCCAUUCCACAUUCUAUUCAGGUACAGAUCACGAAAUCGAUGACCAUGAAUAUGCAGAGUCUGAAGCUACGAUAAAACGGGAAACUCAUAAUAGCAAUAAGAACAGCAAGGGGGGAAACAAAAACAAAGACGGCGCUGCUGAAGCUGCUGACACAGCAACUAUUGAUAGUGAUUUCGGUGUUCCAAUUGACUCAACAGGCCAUGUGAUAACAAGCAAUAACAAUCCAAGAAUAGACUUAAAUAUUCAAUCCGAAGUAGAUUCGCCAAAAAAUGACCAACAAGAAAUCGAUUCUGACGACGAGGAGGAGGAGGAUGAUGAUGACGACGACGACGACGACGACGACGACGAUGACGAUGACGAUGACGAUGACGAUGAGUAUGAAGAAGAUGAGGAGUAUGAGGAGUUUUCCAACGACUCAGAGUUUACAGAUCUUGAUAACGAUUCCCUUUUAGAUUCAACAAUGCUUUCAGAAACAUGCAGCUCGAGUUUUAGGAAAGCAAAUAAUCGUGAAAACAAUGCAUUGCUUGAUUUCAAUCUGAAAAGGAUGGUGCAAGAAAAACAGCCUAGCGCAAUUUGGGAUCACACUGUGCCCAAGAACCUUGAGUCCCACUUUUUAGAACGUCAAACUUCGUCAGUAGGUGACAAAUCUUUUUUGGAUAAAAAUCUUGCGAAUAUGGGAGUAUUAGGAAAAGAAUUGCACACGUUGUCUUUCAAUAAGGUGAUACCCGCCAAGCCUGAUGGCAAACGAGUCUCAAUUUUGAGCUCAGUAAUUGAUUCGAAAUUAAAAACAUCUAAUCUCAAUCCAUUGCACUACUAUUCAUUUGUUGAAGGCGUGGAUGGUGCAGAGUCUAGGUCGGCACUAAUUAAUGUGUUUUUGCCACCAAACAGAUCUCCUGUGUUAACCAAUCUUUCAAUCAAUAGUAGCGUUUCUGUAGCUGAUUGUAUUGGCUAUAUUUUGCUCAACUUAUUCAAGCUUUCAGACGUCAAGGAGCUGAAAGAUUCAUUAUACCUAAAUCCUAAGUUUUGGAGACUCGAGCUUGUGGAUGAAGAUGGUGAGAAUUAUGGGAACUUUGGAGUUUUGGAACGUGGUAGGGCGAUCGCAUCGUACAACUGUCCAUCCGAUGUGGCACUAUGCAAAGUCAACGAUAUAAAAGAAAUUGAGAAAAACGAAAGACUUUUCCCACUUCCCUUGGAAUACAGGGAGAGUUUGGAUGCUUUUGUGCGUAAAAGAAACAGUACAGCUCAAAUCACAGAAGUUAAUAACCAGAACCAAGUUGAGCUUCACAUUGGAGUAUAUGAGUACGACAAUAUAGGUAUACCAGAAAAAGUAUCUUUCAAAGUAUCAUCCUCCCUCACCAUGGGACAAGUGUUAAAAGAGUUUUGCCUGCAGCGAGGAUUGAUAACAACAAAGUAUAGGUUCAAGAUUGUGGACCCAGCCAACAAUGCAUAUAGGUUUGUUAAAGAUGUUGAGAUUUGUGGAGAAAUGCCACUGAAGGUUUUAGACUUGGUUCCAUCGGAUGUACAGUUAGAUUUGACUGCUAAUUCUUUUGAAAAUAAUAACGUCUUAUUGGCAGAGUCAGCAUCAAAUAUUAAUAUCACACCAGCAGAACUCACACUUCCAAGUAAUACUCUGCACAGAGACCAAUUGGCAAGUAAAAUGAAAACGAUAAAUUCAAAGAUGAACAAAAGUUCCCCAGUUGUGUCUCAGGUAACGGAGGGUACUUUUUUGAACAAGUCAGCGAAAUCAACCAAGGGAACCAUGACAUCUGACAAAUAUUUGGAAGAUAUACUUUCUGGAAUCAACUCACAAUUACCUACAAACAUAAAUUCAGUCUACUUUAAAUGGAAAGUGAUCAAGAUUAACAGUAAAAUGAAGAAGAUGAAAAUCAAGACAUUUAAUGAGAAGAACUUUAUAAUUGACGGUGACUAUAUUCACUUGACUCCGCCGGACUACAUUCUGUUAAAGAGUGGAUCUGAAUCCUUUGUCAAUGGCCAAGCUUCGCACUAUGCAAAUCAUAAUCACCAUAACUUAAACCACCAGUUUAAAGGUGUUAGCAAGCAACUGACCAAGACGUAUUCGUUUCACAUAACUCAAAUUGUUAAACUGAAACAGUAUACAAAAUCACCCAGUCACUUUCGUAUUAUUGUUCAAAAACAACAAUCUGACCAACAUCUCAGUUCAACAAAUACAAAGGAUGCAAUGAAAAAGUUUUACUUGGUUGCUGAGUCUCCUGAUGAAUGCUCAGAAAUAAUUAGCAAACUAAAGUGGGUUCUUCAAGUAUAUAAACUUAGUGGUGUUUUAUAG